AUGCAGAAUCCUAACGUUCCUCCGGGAGCUAUCCCGAUACAAAUGGGACCUGGAGGCCAGAUGCCAACGCCUCAGCAGAUUGCUGCGAUGCAACAGCAACUGGCCGCCGAAGCCCAGAAGCAUGGCAUGACUGUUCCCCAAUUUGUCGAGCACAUCAAGGCCCAACGUCUAGCACAACUUCAGGCAGCUCAGAGACAGCAACAACAGCAAGGUGGCCAAGGCCCUCAAGGCGGACCUCAAGGACCUCAAGGACCACCGCGCCCUCCUCCGGGAGCCCAAGGUCAACCACAACCUAUUCGCCCUGGCCCUCCUAAUCCUGUCGCAAUUUCCCUUGCCAAUUUUCUACGAAGUCAGACUCUGAAGCAACGUACAUGCAUCCUUAAUGGGGAGCGUAAGGAUAUGUUUAGAGUCAAGAGAGCUCUCCGAGCUCUUCAGUCUCCUGCCUAUGCUAAGGCACGCGCAAAGAACCCAGCCCUCCCCGAAGUUACCGAUCGCGCAUCGCUUGAGAAUACCUUCAAGUUGUUACCCUUGUCUAUGUUAGCCUUGCGUGUCAGCAAGAUCGACCCCCAUGAGGGCCAUGACCAUCCCCCCAAGAAGGGCAAACGAGUCAAGGGGCUCUGGACAGUCAAAAUUGAACAGCAGCAAGAUGCUGGUGACGACAUGUAUUAUGUCUGGCUAUACGAGGGCAGUCAGAUUAUGCGCAAGGUUUAUGCUGCUCUUGCGUUACUUGUCAUCUUCACCGUCGUCCUAUACCCUCUAUGGCCGCUCGUUUUGCGACAAGGCGUCUACUAUCUCAGCUGGGGAUUCUUGAUGCUUCUUGGUCUCUUCUUCCUCAUGGCCAUUUUCCGUGUCAUUCUAUUCUGCAUUACGUACUUUGUCGUGCCCCCUGGACUUUGGCUCUACCCCAACCUUUGGGAAGAUGUCUCUUUCAUGGACAGUUUCCGUCCUGUUUGGGCUUGGCAUGAGACUGCAAAGCCCAAGAAAAAGAGAAAGGCUUCUAAAUCAGUAGGUGCCGAGUCAGCUGCUCAGCUUGCGAGCCACGCAGGUCACCCACCUCCAGCAACCGCUACUACUACUGCAACUGAAACUCAGAUUCAAACGGAACCCCAGCAGAGAGCCUAUGUAGCUCCAAGAGUCGAGGAGCUCGCCGAUGACGAAUAG